AUGGAGGCGGCAUUGGUUGAUGCCGAGAUGAAGAGAUGUGCUGCUGAGGAGGAACUAUUUUUCAAACUUCCUAAUCGAAUUGAAGUGUGCCUUCCUGGUAGAAGAACUAUCAAUGGGCUUUUGGGACUAUAUGAUGACGAUAUUGCUCUUGUCACAUCGUUUGGCCUCCAAGCUGUCCAUCCUGUAGAUCUGGAUCUUGAAGCAACGCCAAAAUUUCUCAGAGUACCACUUUCUCUGUUGUUCGAGGCUGUACUUGGAGGACCACUUAUGGUAAAGACGCUUAAUGGAAAUGGUGUGAGAUUUCUUGGGAUGAACCUUGGUUGUUAUAAUGAGGAUGCAAAUGUGAAAUACCGCUUCCUUCCCAUGAAGUUACUUCAUGAACGCUUGAAGCAUUUUCAGAUAGUCAAUCCUAAAGAACUCCACUUCCGUGAAUAUUCAUUGCCUAAAGAUGUAUCAAGCAUAGUCCCUUCAGGAUUUGUGAGAACAAUUAAUCGUAUAAAAUCCUUAGGCUAUCCCAUGCCGCCGCCGCUUAUGCUUGAGCUAGAUGGGCAAUUGCUUAAUCGUUUUGAAGGGUACUUUGGUGAAGUACGUGCUUGGAAAGGGUAUCCUUUCGGUUAUCCACCUGUUGGUUCUGAGAAACGUGUCUGGGAGCAUCUUUCAAAAGAAGUUGUGACAAAUAUAUCACGUCGUGUUGUCAAACUUGCUUCAUUCAAUGGGCCGAGUAGGUUAUUUGCAUGCACAGGCUUGCUUAUAAGGUGGCAUGCGCACACCUUCAUCCUGACUUUAGCCAGUUUGGUUAGAAGCCGCCUUCAUCAUGAAAAAAUUGAUAAUAGUUUGACGAUUGAGGUGUUCCUCCCACCAAAUCAACGUGUUCGUGGGACAUUGGCAUUGUAUAACUUAAAUUAUAAUUUUGCUAUUGUCAGUGUUGAGAAGAAUUUCCAUGCUAUUCGUCCAGAAGACAUUUUCAAUAAAAGUCCAAUGGCAUCUAAAAAAGUAGUAGCUGUAGGGAGAGACGCAGAUCAAGGACUGUUAAUGGCAUCAAUUGGUGAAGUGAAGCGUAGAAACAAGGAAACUGAACUUAACUGCAGAGAUCUUAAGCUGUCCACUUGUAAAAUCAAUAAGGCUGGGAUUGGAGGCCCUCUUGUUGAUGUUAAUGGGAGUUUUGUUGGCAUGAAUUUCUAUGAUGGGAGUAAACUAACUCCUUUCUUGCCAAGAGUAAGAUUGUCAAUGCUUUGAGAGGAGUGAAAAAUUUUGCACUACCACUGAAAAGGUUUUUCUUUUUACCUGGCCUAAUAGUACUUAUUAUAUGGACUUACGCUGAAAAGAUAUGUUGGAUGCUAGAGGAUUAUCCUACAACGGAUGUGUUGUUCCUGUGCAAAUAAAUAAUAAAGGUGCUCCAGUGCGCAAGAAGCGGAAAAUGAAAACCAGGUAUUCUUUCUGUUUUCUCAUUGCCAGUUGUUGCUAGAUAUUCGACAUCCAACUUGUAUUGGAAAAAAGUAUAUUUUGUAUAUGACAAGUGGCCUGUGCCCGAGCCAUAUUGAUGUCAUGGUGCACUUGAUGUGGAUAGAUAUGAUGUACCCAUGCUUCCUGGAAGGAGACUUCAUUGGGCUAAUCACAAUAGGCGUUUUAUAUCCCUGUUUCCAAGAAUGCCACAUCAGCUUAGGGGAUGAAUGAAAUAUUAUACCUCAAUGGAGAGUUUCAUUUUACUGAUUCCAAAGCUAAUCAGUAUAAUUAAAUGCUAGUUGAUCUAGUGGUGCAUGGGAUCCCCCAUGAAACAACGGCGGUCACAGUGGUUGUUUCACGCUAUUUCCAAUGUCUUGGAAACGAGUUAGCAGAGUGUCGUGGGGAUAAAACUGGUUCCUUCUCUUCCCUCGUUAAAUCAGUGCCAUAUCAUCAAAAAUGCUGAUGUGUCAUGGUAAUUAAUG